CACGUACACAUGGGCGUGGCUAACAAGUGUCAUGGCGCCGUACCGGUGAACAGCUAAUGCGCUAGCGGGGCUAUUUGUAGAUUUGCAGCAUUGGAUUUAAAGGUCGACGUAUUUUUGUUCGAAACAGUUGAAUGUAAAGUAUAAAGGAGAGACAUGGGGACUGUACACGCAAGAAGUUUGGACCCUCUCCCAAUGCAUGGGCCUGAACUGGGGGUUCAAGCUGAUGAUCUGGAUGUUGGAGAAACAGAGUACGAGCCACAGCAGGAAGUUCUGGAAAACAGAGAUGUUGUAGUUCAGCAUGUUCAUAUAGAUGGGCUUGGCAGAACUAAGGAAGAUUUCCUAACGUACGAGAUCGCAGAUGUCUUCAGAGCCAAGAACUUGAUCGAUGUGAUGAAAAAGAGCCACGAUGCCAGACAGAGAAUGCUGCGUCUGGGAUUAUUCAGACAAGUGGAGGUCGUCAUUGAUACCUCACAUGGUGAAGACGCACUGCCGAACGGCCUGGACGUCACAUUCGAGGUGAAGGAGCUCAGGAGACUAACUGGAAGCUAUAACACCAUGGUUGGAAACAAUGAGGGAAGCAUGGUGCUGGGUUUGAAACUGCCCAAUGUUUUUGGCCGCGCUGAGAAGGUUACUUUUCAGUUCUCCUACGGCACAAAAGAAACGUCAUAUGGCCUCUCUUUCUUCAAGCCUCAGGCUGGAAACUUUGACCGCAGUUUUUCUAUCAACCUCUACAAAGUCACUGGGCAGUUCCCAUGGAGUUCACUGAGAGAGACUGAUCGAGGUUUUUCCACAGAGUAUAGUUUUCCUAUCUGGAAAACGAACCACACGCUGAAGUGGGAGGGAGUGUGGAGGGAGCUCGGCUGUCUGGCACGCACUGCCUCCUUCGCCGUCCGACAGGAAAGCGGUCACUCGCUCAAGUCCUCCCUCUCUCACGCGAUGGUUAUUGACACACGCAACUCCCCCAUUCUUCCUAAGAAAGGUGCCUUACUGAAGAUCAACCAGGAGUUGGCGGGUUAUACAGGUGGAGAUGCCAGAUUCUUGAAGGAGGACUUUGAAAUCCAGCUUAAUCAGCGACUUUUCUGGGAUUCGGUCCUCUCGGCCUCUCUGUGGGGGGGAUUACUGCUCCCCUUCGGAGACAAACCUACAUCAAUUGCUGACAGGUUUUAUCUGGGAGGCCCCACCAGCGUGAGAGGUUUCAGCAUGUACAGCAUCGGACCACAGAGCGAAGGUGAUUAUCUGGGAGGAGAGGUGUACUGGGCUGGAGGGCUCCAUUUGUAUACUCCUCUACCAUUCAGGCCAGGCCGCGGGGGCUUUGGAGACCUUUUCCGAACACACUUCUUUCUCAAUGCUGGAAACCUGUGCAACCUUAAUUAUGGCGAAGGGCCUCGUGCACACCUGAGCCGACUGGCUGAGUGUAUCCGCUGGUCGUACGGAGCAGGCAUCGUGCUUCGUCUGGGGAACAUAGCUCGACUCGAGCUCAAUUACUGCAUUCCCAUGGGUGUUCAGAGUGGAGACAGGAUAUGUGAUGGAGUGCAGUUUGGAGCAGGCAUUCGCUUCCUGUAACACCAUAAAGCCAUUAACAUCCAACUCGGACAAGAAAAAGAGGAUUUUUAUAUGCAGAGGAAAUCGGUUCAAAACUUCUGUAUGGGAAUCUUUGUGAUUCAGUAUGUUUUUCUUUAUUUUUUGGAAAGCAAUGCAAAAAGUCAAAAGUCAAAUAAUAUUAAUGCAAACAAAUCUCUAAUAAAGUACUCACCUGUAAGGAAAAAAGA